AUGAAGAUUUUCGUUUGCGUUUUAGCUGUGGUGGCCACAGCCCAAGCAGGUUUGCUGGGAAUUGGUGGUGGUGGCGGUGGCGGCGGCGGUUACUCAUAUGGAGGUGGCGGCCAUGGCGAUCAUGGCGGUCAUGGUGGCUUUGAUGGUGGCUACGGCGGCGGCGGUCAUGGCGGACACGGUGGCGGCGGCGGUGGUCACGGUGGUGAGGUCAAAAUCAUUAAGGUUAUCAGUGACGGUGGAGAUGGCGGCCAUGGCGGUCAUGGCGGUCAUGGCGGUCAUGGUGGUCAUGGUGGUCAUGGUGGCUUUGAUGGUGGCUACGAUGGCGGUCAUGGCGGUCAUGGUGGUCAUGGUGGCUUUGAUGGUGGUUACGGCGGCGGCGGCCAUGGUGGCCUUGAUGGUGGUUACGGCGGCGGCGGCCAUGGCGGGUUUGGCGCUUACGGCUCUAGCGGCGAAUUGAAAAUCGUCAAAGUCAUCAACGGCGGCAGCGGCGGCGGCGGCGGUGGCGGUCAUGGUGGUCACGGUGGAUACAGCGGCGGUGGUGGUCAUGGUGGACACGGUGGAUAUAGCGGCGGUGGCGGUCAUGGCGGCCAUGGCGGUGAUGUCAAAAUCAUUAAAGUUGUGCACGAGGAUGGCGGUUAUGGCGGUAUCGGUGGCGGUUAUGGCGGCGGUGGCUUUGAUGGUGGAUACGGCGGUGGCCAUGGAGGUCAUGGAGGUCAUGGCGGUCAUGGCGGUCAUGGUCAUGGCGAUGGCGGUGCUGGUGGAGAAGUUAAAAUUAUCAAGGUCAUCAGUGAUGGCGGAGCGGGCGGCUUUGAUGGCGGCUACGGCGGCGGCGGCUAUGGCGGCGGCUUUGGUGGCGGCUAUGGUGGCGGUGCAGGAGGUUGGGCCGCUGGCGGCGGUGGCUGGGAUUAA